AUGCACGGAGACCCGACAUUCGUCAUCCUAAAGUACCAGACAUGGCUAGACACGUCUAAAUUUGAAGACAAGAUCCUCGGAGCUAUUGUGAAGGAGUUCCUUCAGCCAACAAACAAUUACGUACCAGACUCGCCCCUCCAGUACACGACUCAUGAUCCGGUAGAGAACGCCUUUACGGACUUCGUCCUCGACACUUCUGCGUCCACGGGUCACGAGAUUAGCGGCUCACUUGGAUCCAUCGCCGGCGUCUCCUUUCAUGGUAGCAAGGAUGCAAGCGUGCACUUGAAGGGCAAGCUGAUCCGGUGCAAGCGUCUACAGCAGCACGACCGGUUCUGGUCAGAGCUGAAAAAGGACCCGACCUUCAAGGCUGCGUCCCAGGGUGGGUGGCUAAGUCCAAGCACGCCGCAUGGCCCGCGUGCCUGGUUGUCAGUAUCAUGA